UUGCGUUGACUCCAGGAGGUCAUUGACUCAGUAGUCGUUCCAUGAACAUGAUCUUUUGGAAUCAGCUCCACGCUAAGAGUUUCAAAUCCUAUUCUUUCUUGAAGGAAUUAAUCAGUGAAAUGCUUAGAAAGCUUUACUAAGAACUCUUCCAGAGAGGACGAAGGAAUUAUGUCCAAAGGCAGGGGAGUGACGGACGGUCUGGCUUUGCCUCUUCAUCACCUUAUUCUGAUAGUAGCUUGUGCAUUCUCCGGCAUGGCUGACGCCUCGUGGAACAACCAAUCAACUGCAACUGCAAAUAUUUCUUCUCAAUGGGCCACCAACGAAAUAUCCAAACGAGGAGUGAAUUUCUCGGACGGGUCCCUUGUGCUGCCGAUAUUGCACACCAAAGCUUUUGGAUGUGGCUUCUACUGCAAAGGCAAGCCGACCUUUAGUAAUUGCUUCUUUACUGUUUUCAUUCUCAUGUGCUAUGAUUAUGAUCUCAGUCGCACACCUGACCAAGGCUGUUAUCCGCAAGUGGUUUGGUCCGCUAAUCGAAACCGCCCUGUGAAGUUCAGUGCUACUUUAACGCUCAAUCGGCUCGGAGAUCUGGAACUCACGGAUGCUGAUGGGACCACUGCUUGGUCCACCAACAGUUCGAGGAAGUCUGUCGUGGGCAUGAAUUUAACAGAAUCUGGCAAUCUUGUAUUGUUCGAUCAGAACAGUGCGGUAGUUUGGCAGUCCUUUGAUCACCCAACAGACACAUUGCUUAUGGGGCAGCAACUGAGGGUGGGGCAGAAUCUCACUUCUAGUAAUUCCUCCACGAACCUCUCCGAGUUCGUUUUGAUUAAUGUUACCUUGAGAGCUGGAGGUCUGUUAGCUAUAGUAAAUACUCACCCUCCGCAGCUCUAUUACCAAACAGAAGAUCCUAUUUCUAUUGAUAAUUCGACUAAUCUUGCAUUAAGGGAUGGAUACUUCGGGCUCUUCUCUACUUCUCCUCCAGAAAAUAUCCACGUGCAAUUUGUGAAUCUCAGCUCGGAUGGGCACAUGAGAGCAUAUGGGUGGGGAAAUGGCCAGUGGCAAGAAAUUGCCGAUUUGUUUACCGGGAAGAUCGGGGAUUGUGGGUAUCCGCUGGUUUGCGGGGAAUAUGGAAUUUGCUCGAAUGGGCAGUGCAAUUGCCCAAAAUCAACUAACCGGGACGCAGUGCCUUAUUUCAAGGAGAAAAAGGAUAGGCGGCCCGAUCUCGGGUGUCCGAGAGUUAUGCCCCUUUCUUGUGAAGGGGAAGCUUCGCAUCAUCACGGCUUUGUGGAGCUGAAGAACGUCACUUACUUUGACAGCACCAAGGAACUCAUCAAUAUAAGUGCAGAGGACUGUAAAAGGAGCUGCUCUAGUGAUUGCUUGUGCAAAGCUGCCUUCUUCUACUUCCCGGUAACGACUGAUCAGUAUCCAUAUUGCUCGUUAAAAUUUGACGUGUUUUCCCUGAUGGAUAAUGACGUCGAGAGGACUCAGUAUUAUUCUAUUGCUUACAUUAAAGUUCAGAACAAGCCUCCCAAGGGAAAACUGCUUCCGGUGGUGCUAGGCUCCAGCUUAGGCUCAUUGGCUCUGGUGGUCGGUGUGUUGGUGUUACUUAUUUGGAAGAGACGUCAAGCCAGUGAAGCAGAUGAGGAUUAUCUCAAUCAACUGUCUGGAAUGCCCACUAGAUUCUCGUAUGAUGAAUUGCGUUAUGUUACUAGGGAUUUCAGCAAGAAGCUGGGCGAGGGUGGGUUCGCCUCGGUUUUCGAAGGUACUCUGGAUGAUGGCACAAAGGUUGCAGUGAAACGUCUCAAGAGUUUAGUCCAGAUCAAGAACUCAUUUAUAGCAGAAGUUGAGACCAUUGGCAAAAUCCAUCACGUCAACCUGGUAAGACUGCUGGGUUUUUGCACCGAGAAAUCCCAUAAGCUGCUAGUUUACGAGCACAUGUCCAAUGGAUCUCUUGAUAGAUGGAUUUUCCACAAGAAGAAGAUAUUCGGGAUUAAAUGGCAGAGAAAGAAGAACAUCAUCCUUAACAUAGCGAAGGGGCUGAAUUAUCUCCAUGUAGAUUGCUGGCAGAAGAUAAUCCACCUGGACAUUAAGCCUCAGAACAUUCUCCUAGAUGAUAAUUUUAACGCGAAGGUCUCUGACUUUGGAUUGUCAAAGCUGAUUGAUCGUGACCAGAGCCAAGUCGUGACGACCAUGAGGGGGACCCCAGGUUAUUUGGCCCCAGAAUGGUUGAGCGCAGCAAUUACUGAGAAAGUGGAUGUGUACAGUUUCGGAGUGGUGAUCCUGGAGAUAGUGUGUGGGCGGAAACUUUUUGACAUCUCUCAGGAUGAGGAAGAUAGGCAUUUGCUGAAUCUUCUCAAGCGGAUGGUGGAAGAGGGUCGGUUGCUAGAUAUGGUUGAGAACCACGGUGAUGAUAUGAGAUCGUAUGGGCUCGAAGCGGUGAAAAUGAUCAAGCUUGCUGCCUGGUGCCUGCAGGCUGACUACACAAGGAGGCCAUCCAUGUCAAUUGUCACAAAGGUCUUGGAUGGAGUCAUGGAUGUGGAAGAUGUCGACCUCGAUUAUAACUUCUGGAGUCACCCUGCAAAAGUUGGUCUCAGGGAGAAUUUGAAUGCUGAAACUGUUCCGCUAUUGCCUUCGAUUCUCUCUGGCCCUCGAUAAAACCUUAUGAGAAGGUAAUGCUUCUUCUUGAUGUUCCUCUCAUUUACUUGUGUAAGAUGCUGUUGUUUUAUUAAGUCGAAAAGGAACUGUGCAUGUGCUUGUACUAAUAUUUGUGGCGAAUAACUUCCUCUACUGUUACUUGAAAUACUAAGCUAAGAAGACAGUUGGGCAUA